UUAAAAAAAAAGGGGGGGAAAUCUGACAGAAGAACGAGAAAAACGACGACACAGUGGUCGUCUCUCUUCUCUCUCUCAUCGCCACUGGGCAAUCGCAAGACAAGACCUAACGCCUCUCUCUCUCUCUCUCUCUCUAAAGCAACCCCACUCGAUCUUUACUCUGCGCAAACCCUCUCCACCGAGCUCGAUCUCAUCGAAUUCCACCGUCUCUAGGGUUUUCUAGGGUUUCAAGAAGAAAUCCCUAAUUGACCAUCGCGAUGGACCUCAACGAGUUCUCCUAACGCCUCAUUCCCUUCAUCUUCUCCUCAAAACCUCGCGAUCGAGCUCAGUUUCAUUGAAUUCUGCAGCCUCAGGUGUUUUUUCUUUCUUUUUAGGGUUUCAGAUGGAUCUCAACGGGUUCUCCUUUGGCAACGACAACAGAAUCCACCACAACUUCUUCGAUGCCGGCUACCUCAAGCUCGGCCUGGGCGGCGGCGACGAUACCGUCACUGCUGGCAUGUCCAUCUCCUGCAGCGCAGGGGUAGGGUCCACCGUGAUGCAGGCCGACAACAACAGCAGCGUGGGGUCCAACUCCGGCAACUCCCGGACCAGAAUCCUCCACCACCCCGGUCUCAAGGCCUUCGAGGACCUCUCCACAAGGAACAGCGUGGUCGGGCCCCGCCGCCGGGGCCCCCGCUCUCUCGACAACGACAUAUUGGCCCAACUGUUGAUGGACCCGAAUCAGCCCACUCUCUCUCUCGGGAGUUAUGAGCAAUGGGCCAUUGAUCUCAGUAAGCUCAACAUGGGUGAUGUAUUUGCUCAGGGAGCCUUCGGCAAGCUCUAUCGCGGGACCUACAACGGCGAGGAGGUCGCCAUUAAGCUGUUGGAGAGGCCGGAGAAUGAUCCAGAACAUGCUCAGACGAUGGAGCAACAGUUUGCUCAAGAGGUGAUGUUGUUGUCUAAUUUGAAGCACCCUAACAUUGUUGGAUUUGUAGGAGCUUGUAGGAAGCAGAUGGUGUGGUGUAUAGUGACUGAGUAUGCUAAGGGCGGGUCGGUGAGGCAGUUCUUGAUGAAGAGGCAUCAUAGGUCAAUACCCGUGCGGGUUGCAGUGAGACAGGCGCUUGAUGUGGCGAGGGGAAUGGCUUAUGUGCAUAGUUUGGGAUUCAUUCAUAGAGAUUUGAAGUCGGAUAAUUUGCUGAUAUUUGGUGAUAAAUCAAUUAAGAUUGCUGAUUUUGGGGUGGCCAGGAUUGAGGUGAAGCCGGAGGGGAUGACGCCUGAGACCGGGACGUACCGCUGGAUGGCUCCGGAGAUGAUCCAGCACCGACCCUACACCCAAAAAGUUGAUGUCUACAGCUUCGGUAUCGUCCUGUGGGAACUUGUUACAGGACUGCUCCCAUUUCAGAACAUGACAGCAGUCCAAGCAGCCUUUGCUGUAGUAAACAGGGGUGCUCGGCCGAACAUCCCAACCGACUGUUUUCCUGUGCUCGCUGAUCUCAUGACCCGCAGCUGGGACUCAAACCCUGACGUCCGUCCCUCCUUCGAGGAUAUUGUUAAAACUCUCGAGUACGCACAGGUCGAGAUCGGGUCCACCGUGCGCAAAGCACGGUUUCGGUGUUGCGUAAUGACGACUGACUGAAUGAAGAAGGAAGGUGUAGAAGUGAACAACAGAAGAAGAUAGAAAGGUGAACAUGCUUGAGCUUUUGUAUAUUUAGAACAUAACAGAACUUUGUUGCUGAAGUAGAUAAGUUUGGUGUGUUGCAUGUAAGUUUUAGUUUGCUCUUUGUUCCUUUUCCUGCCUUGUGCUCGACCAAAUUUCAUCUUUAAAAAAGUUGGAAUGGUUUAUAUCUUUGCAAGAUGGGAAAUUUCUGUGGCUGAUGACUAAAUCAUGUCCGGAUUUUAGUUGCUGAGAAAGUCAUCACCAAGGCAUUUUCAGUUGA